AGAUCGACUUCCUCACCCAAGAGUACGAAAUGUUCCGGAUGAAAGAAGGUGAGAAAAUUGAUGACAUGUUCGACCGGUUCUCAAAGAUCAUCAACGAUCUUCAUGCUCUCAAAAAGACCUACACCAACAAGGAUCUUGUGAGGAAAAUCCUGCGAAGUCUCACACCCGAAUGGAGGUCAAAAGCCGAUGCAAUCUUCGAAUCAUCGGAGUCUCCAACGUCACCAUCGACGGGCUAAGAGGUAAUCUUAAAACCUAUGAAUCUACUAUUCUAACCCCGUCUUUGGAUGAACAAAAGAAAAAGGGGAUAGGUCUCAAAGCCACCAAGGAACCGGUUGAAGAGGCUUCAAGCGAUGACGACAAUGAAUUCGGGCUCGUCAUCAAAAAGUUCCACAAGUUCAUGAAGAAGGAAUGUGAGCGAAAGGGAAGGAAGCACGACGGUCCUCCCAAAUGCUACGGCUGUGGCUAGAUUGGCCACAUCAAGCCAAGGUGUCCAAAGGCCAAACACGGCAAGGACAAGCCUGGCUUCAAGAAGCAAAGGGCCUACAUCUCUUGGGG